AUGAAAAUGAAGCAGAGAGACCAGAGGAAGAAAAAUCUAGUGUUCCACCCCCACCUGGAAGUGAAGAGGAAGCUGCAGAAAAUGGCGUUGUGAAAACGAAGGUGGCAGAGGCUGAGGAUGACAGUGAUAGUGAUAGUGAUGAUGAUGAAGAUGAUGUUCAAGUCACCAUAGGGGAUAUUAAGACAGGAGCUCCACAGUUUAGUUAUGGAGCAGCACCUGUGAAUCUCAAUAUUAAGGCAGGAGGACGAGCUUAUGGAUCUUCUGGUGCAAAAGUUAAGGGACUGGAUCUAGAUGCACCAGGGAGUAUUAAUGGUGUGCCACUUCUGGAAGUAGAUUUAGAUUCCUUUGAAGAUAAACCUUGGAGAAAGCCAGGGGCUGAUCUCUCAGAUUAUUUUAACUAUGGCUUCAAUGAAGAUACCUGGAAAGCUUACUGUGAAAAACAAAAGAGAAUACGAAUGGGUCUUGAAAUUUUGCCAGUUACUUCAACCACAAAUAAAAUCACGGCUGAAGACAAAGCUAUGGAACUAAGACCAAGUGCAGAGAUUCUCGAUGGCAGAUACCAUCUUUUAAAGGUACAGCAAGGCAGAACUGGAAAUUUGGAGAAAGAGUUGGCAGUGCAGUCGACCAAACCUGAUUUCACAUCUCCUCCUGCCUUAUUUAAAUCAGGAAUUCCAACAAACAGGCGGAUAUCUGGCACAAUAGAUGUGAUUGGACAGAGCAUCACUAUCAGCAGGGUGGAAGGACGACGGCGUGCUAAUGAGAACAGCAACAUACAGGUUCUUUCAGAACGCUCUAAUCCUGAAGUAGACAGUUUUACCAAGCCACCUCCAUUUUUCCCUCCAGGAGCUCCACCUACUCACCUUCCACCACCUCCUUUCCUCCCACCCCCUCCAACUGUCAGUACUGCUCCACCUCUGAUUCCCCCACCAGGUAUACCAAUAACAGUGCCACCACCAGGUUUUCCACCACCACCUGGCGGUCCUCCACCUUCCCUCAUACCCACAAUAGACAGUGGGCAUUCUUCUGGCUAUGAUGGUCGUCCUGUUCGUGCAUUUUCAUAUGGCAGUGUCACCUUUCCACACCCUGCAGGUUCUGCACCCUCGUGGUCCAGUCUUUUGGACACCAGCAAACAGUGGGAUUACUAUGCACGAAGAGAGAAGGAUAGGGAACGUGAGAGAGAGAGAUCCCGAGAUCGGGAUCGCGACCGGGACCGGGACCGAGAUAGAGAUCGGGACCGUACCAGAGACAGGGAGAGGGACCGAGAUCAUAGUCCGUCUUCAAGUGCGUUCAACAGUGAUGAAGAACGCUACAGAUACAGAGACUAUGCAGAGAGGGGCUACGACCGCCAUAGGACAAGCAGAGAGAAAGAAGACAGACACAGAGACAGGAGGCACAGAGAGAAAGAAGAGACUCGACACAAGUCAUCUCGAAGUAACAGCCGACGUCGUCACGACAGUGAAGAAGGGGAUAGCCACAGAAGGCACAAACACAAGAAGUCCAAAAGAAGCAAAGAAGGAAAAGAAGCCAGUGGUGAACCUGCUCCUGAACAGGAAAACACUGAAGCUGCCCCUGUGGAAUAGGCUUGUGUGAUUUUUUUUGCCUACUUGCAUAUAUAUUAGUGCCAGAAAUAGAUUACUAUAAAUCUUGUUAUUUUUCUGGGAAUUAUAAUAAUUUGCUCUUAAUCUUGUUCUGUUAGUUUGAAAUCAAAGGUUACUUUGGUUUUUUUUUUGAAAAUAAAAGAACAAAUUUUUCAUGUUAA